AUGAGUAUCCUAACGUUACUGAUAUGCCUAAACCUUCGCGCGCUGCCGGCUGCCGAGGCCAGGAAGUGCUACGUUUGCGGCGAAGGGGCCGAUGCCCCGUUCAAAAGUCUGCCCACUGUACCCAUCGUCGAGGGCACCUGUGAGGGUUUCCGGCCGGAAGAGAAGUACGCCUACGACUGUCCACCGACGUACACGAGCUGCUUGACGCAGGUUGACGGCGACAUCGAAAUGCGGACGUGCGGCGAGAACUUGGCCAUCAACGACUGCAAGAGUGCCAACGGGAUCGACUACUGCUACUGCAGCACGGAGCUGUGCAACCGGUUGACCCGUCCCGAGAUCCGCCGCUCGAUCGCCGCCACGUUAAUGCACGCGCAGCAACACAACCACAACCGGCCUGCGAGUGGCCACCAUCACCACUCGCAAGAGCACCACCUCCUGCAGCAGCCCAACAACAGUGACGACGAAGACAUGCUCGAGUCGUCGGGAAUGGACGGCGAGCGGAGUGAACUUUCGCACCACGACCGCACGCUGAACGUACACCGGGACGUUACGACACAAAUUACCAUCACCCUCAAACCGGUGGCCAAUUCGGAGCAGCGCGAUGGAAAAGAUGCCGCCGGCACCACCAAUGGGACUACCGAUCGAAGCAGAGACAGCAAUGCCAUUCCAGCGGCCAGCAGCAGUAGCGCCGGCAGCAGUACAACGAUCCUCGGGGGCUUCGGGGCCGUGAUCAUGCUGAUUAGUAGUUACAUUGUUUCGCUUCGGCAUGUGGCCUCGAUCGACCAAUAUUGAGGUGCCCCGGGUGUCAGAUUUUAAAUAUGCAUUCCAAGAAUGACAAGGCGCGGACGGCCCGGAGACGGCUCGAAACGACGACGAUCUGUGAUGUGAUUCUGGCGCGAUGUCGCUUUCGUCCGCACAAGCCACCAAGCCCGAUGCCAUAGCCGGAAGACAGAGAGAGGAGAGAGAAAAAGGAAUGCAGAGGCGCAUUUUGAAUGCCGAUCCGCCGUUCGUCAGAAGAGGCGCUGACCCAGUCUAGUCCGCGUAAGUGUCGCGAAAUGAGUUUACCACCGCACCAGAGCGCAGCGGAUCUCCGGAUUUGUACAUAGGCAUUGUAAAUAGAUCACAGACCGAUUUGCUCACCGAUCCGCUCUAGCGUCGCUCGGAAUCGAAAAGUAUCUAAAUAGUGCUACGCUCACGAUGGCCCCCCCAAACUGUGUCCUGUCCAGUGGUGUGGUCCUGAGAUUCAAAGACAACCCGCCCGCCUCCCGCUAGGAUAUAUUGUUGUAACGUGUUCCGCCAAAUGAGGGCGCUGUCGGGCUGCUUCCCUUCGAGUUUAAGAUAGUAGUAGAAGCUAGAUUAGGCUACGUGUUGUCCUACCAGCAAUCCUUCGGUCGCGAUUGAUAGGCCCCUUUUCAACGAGGCGCAACUAGUUCGCGUUUAAUGGCUUCGGGAUAUAGAUUAGAGAGAGACCGAGAGUAAAAACACAAAAUAUGUAAGCGAAUCGAAGCAUUAAGCAAGUUUUCCUUCCCUAAUAAAAUUAGGCACGACCACCAGCAGUAUUCGAGUUCCGAAUUACUUCCCAAGGCCCUUAGGAUUAUACACGUAAAUAGAGAACGAGAACCGAAACUGAGCUUAGAUGUGCGUGUGACUGUGUCACGGAAAAGGGCAUGAAAGUAUUGCAAAUUUAUCAAUAAACCACGACGACCCAAAAACUAUUAAUAA